UGUAUUUACGGUAUGCACAUCUAGUUUCGCUUCAUUAGCGAGAUUGAUGCCCCAGCGAUAAUCAGGUUCUUAUUGGCAGGAAUUUCAAUCCAAGUUGGUUCUCCAGACGCAUACCGCUCGAUUCUUUAUAUUUUCAUUGAAUACGUUGAGGUAGACGAGUAAGUCAUGAAGUUAUUCUAUGUUCCUGCUCUUUUGAUCUCAAUGGUCGUAGGUACCUGGGCCAUUGAAUGCUACGUGUGCUUCGGUGGGGCUUGUAACGAUCCUUUCUUUCCGACUAGUUCAUCAAGCACUUGUGGUGGUUUUGGUUCAGAUUGCUUGAAAAUAGUAGAAGGAUCAACAGUGUCACGUUUUUGUGCUGAGUCUGCCUGUGCUUCGGGCUGUGUAGGCGAUAUCUGUACCUACUGCUGCAACUCCAACCUCUGCAAUGGAGGUACCGCCGUGACAACCAGCUUCGUUGCUAUGGGCGUGGCCAUGCUGGCUGCCUUCAUCCUCGCCAGACAAUAGGAUGCAGAAUAUGCGUCACGUGACCGGGGUCAUAUGAGAAAUAUACACAACAAUAUGUAUGCAUUGUAUACUCAGAAUUGUGGUGAAAAUAUAUAAAUCCUCGGUCUUUCUCGCAAAAGUAUUUUAAAGACGACCGUAAAGACUUAUGAGAAAACAUCCAAAGACAAUGUUCAGGGGCGGCCCUCCCGGG